UUUUAUUUGCGGAACAAAUUUUUAGCUUAGAAAUAAGUUUGGAACAGAAAUGAGCUGAAACAAAAACAAAAGUAACAACUCUUUUAUUGAUCACCCUCGCCACCCGCUGCCAUUCCCCAGCGCUCCGGCCACCUCCCGCCGCUGCCCCCCACCACGCCGGCCGCCUCUCACUGUUGCCCCCCACCGCGUCAACCGCCUCACGUCGUUGCCCCCCUUCUCGUCGGCCGGCCACUAGGAACAAUAAUUUAAGAAUAAUCUAUCAAACGAAUUUCUAUUUCGGAAACUGAAAUUUUAUGUCGUUAUCAGAUACUUUUUGCUCAGAAACUUGUUCAUGUACUAGCCAGAAAUAGCGUCGAGGAAGAGAAUGGUUAUUAUUCGCGCCCUAAACUUCUAAUGGCCGAGAUGAAUAGCGAUUUCAAUCGGAUUGAUUUGAUUUAAUUUUCUACCAAAAAUAAAUUCGUUUAGUUGCAUAGAAUAACGGUUCCAUUUUGAAAACAUUGAUCAUCCAGCGAUUAAAGGCUUUAUUUGGGGUUGAAGAAAAGAACAUGGAUCCUACGAUAAUGGGAAAAUUACCAAAAAAGUCCUAAAUUUAUUGCAUGUGUGCCAAUUUUAUCAUAAAUCUUUUAAUUUGACCAAUUGAAUCCUAAACCUUUUGAAAAUUUAUGUAGUCCAUCCGGCCAAUUUUAGUUGGAAUUCGUUGACAUGGAACUAGUCGUUUGAUGUAUGUGGCAUGGCCAGUGCUGACGUAGAUAAUUUUUUUUGUAAUUUUUAUUUUAUUAUCUUUCUUUUUCUUUUCUUCCUCCGUUGGUCGCCGGGUCUUGGCAAUGGCUGGCGACCGGCCACAAGCGAUGACUGGCAAGGGCAAUUCUCACCAGCCUCAGGCAAGGUCACCCAUGUUGGGAUUUGGCGAGGGGCGACCUCGCCGGCCUCGCUAGCUUCAAGCGAGGCUCGACCUUGCCGAAUAUGGCGAAGCGAUCCUCCCCUGAGGCCGGCGAGGUUACCCCUCGUCAGAUCCCGACGAGGUCAAGCCUUGCCUAAAGCUGGUGAGGCCGGCCCUUGGGGGACUCUAGCCAGGGCAAGGUUGAGCCUCGCCCAAAGCUGGCGAGGUCGACCCUCGCUGGCCUUUGGCAAGGGCGAGCCUCGCCCGAAGCUAGGAAAGUCGCCCCUGCUAGAUUCCAGCGAGGGUGAUGACCAAGUAUGCCUUAACACUUCUAAGGAUAUAUAGUUCUCAUGAGUACUCUAAAAUGUUCUCGAGAAUAUUAUGGGUAAUUUAAAAGCGGAUAUGUAGUGGUGCUUGCAAAUUUCAAUCGUACACUUAUUGAAAAUUCUUGUAAUUAAUAAGUGUAGUUGGUAGAUAGGAGAUUGGACUAAGAUUAAAGAAAGAUUUAUGGUAAUAAUUAGAGUUGCUCAAGUAUAUAUAAGGUCACUCCUCAUUUGUAUCAUCCCACAAAUUUAUCACAAAAAGAACAAUAGAGCAUUCUCUUUAAAAACACUACUCUCUCUAAAGUUUAUCUUUUCAAUUUAGUGUGCAUCAAGUGAGUCAAGGGAACUUAAGUGUGGCACUCCCCGUGAGACGCUUGGUGAGUCGAAACACAAGCUAGGUGAGUCAAAACACAAACCAGUCUACCUUUGGUAGAUCGUUCCCAAGCACAAUAUGACGAAUCAUAUCCUCAUAGUUGAUCGUAGUACACCCAAUUUAACUUGACGAAUAAUUACGAGCCAUUAAAAUAAAAUUUGGGUCAUCUACAUUCAACUUUAUAUAUAGAGGUACAAUUCAAGUCAAUCCACCAACAAAACCGAUCAUGAAAGUUCAUGCUAAAAAGGCGCCGAAUCAAAAUAAAAUUUGAAAAAUGGGUGUAUCGUUUACAUUUUCGUAUGUCAUUGCCACCAAAAAAAAAAAAGAAAAGCAAGAAAGAAAGAACUAAAGAGAAAAUAUAUACAAGGAAAACCUAACUAGAUUUGGUCAUUGACCAUUAUAUAUAAGCUACAUUUACACGAAUACAUUAUAUUUACGGGCAUGAAUUGUCUUUUUUUUGGCAAGAAGAUUGGAUGGUUUCCAAUAAAAUUCCAAGUUUCACACAGAGUGGAAAACGGAAUCUGGGAAUUUUCUUUUCCCUCUCUUUUCUAAUAGGAAGGUCUUGGCAUUCCUUAUUUAAUUUUAAUUUCAUCUUUGGAUGUGGACUUGGUUCUCUGCACCUUUAUGGUAAAGCCAUCUCUCUCGCUUGUCUCAUGUGCCUCGUCUUCUUAUAAAUGAGUCACUGGUCACCUUUGUUUAGCAGUUUAACUCCCCCAAUCACUUGAGAGUUUUCUUCAUGCUUCUUUCUGCUGUCUGAGUCUGUGUCUAUCAUAGGAGAUGGAAGGGAUGGAUGAGUUGGGUUCCUUGUGGAGUUGUCAAGAGAACAUGGAGGAGUUGAAGCAGAAGAUCCUGUGCACCAGCCUGAAGCUCGAGGCAGUGAAAAUGGAAACGAGCGAAGAAAUGAAAAAGUACAGGGAGAAUGUGAAGUACCUGCUCAACCUCCUGAAGACUGCUUACCAAGAAAGGGAUGAAGCCAGAGACCAGUUUCAGAAGCUGAUCAACAAGCUCACCUCUCAAAGCAUCAGUGACAUAUCAUCCUUGUUCUCUCAACAAAAAUACCCUGAUGGCUUCCUAGUGCCAGUGAGAGCGAACUCGGGCAUAACUGAAUCAAGCAGCCUCUCUGGUACCUACAACAAUCACCACUCGCAUGGCUCAUCAACUGUAAAUCUGUUCCUGGAUGCGGUUUCUUCACCAGACUUGUCGAGCAUUAACGUGGUCGAUUCUGGUAACACGGGCUUCAUCAAUCAGCCUUAUGUUCAGGAAUAUAGCGGUGCUAUGACUAGUGGUUCGAUCUCCUUGGUGAAUGCUAAAUUCGACGCAGCAUCUGUCAUUAUUGAUGACCUUGUCAACGGAAAAGCCCUGCCUCAGAAGGGCAGGCUCUUGCAGGCCGUGAUGGAGGCUGGUCCUCUACUCCAGACGCUCCUCGUGACAGGGCCACUACCUCGGUGGCGGAACCCUCCUCCUCUCCAACCAUUCAAAAUUCCGCCAGUUGCAGUAAUAAGUUGUGACCUGGCAAAUGCUUGUCUCAAACCUGGUGCAAGUCCUAGCAACUACCUGGUGAAAACUAUAAACCAAUCCCCACAUCCUGAUGUCUCGCCAUAUACGUGCUUGGCCUCAGUGCUGAACUUCGCUGGCGAGGCCCGCCUGUAUCAGGGUCAUGGGUGUCUAAUGCCUUCGGUCGGCUGUGUCGUGAAUCAGAUUCCAGCGGGAAAGAGGCAGAGGUUCCAAUGACAGGAGGCUUUUCCUUCUUUUUUUUGGGCAUUUAGUUGUAAAUGCAUGGCUUUGGUUUUUUGUCCCGGUGUGAAUGGCAUGGAGUUUCCUACUGGUUAGUUUGUGCAUGUGGAGGUGUCCUUUGUAUAUAAAACUCUCGUGCAUCUGAUUCUGGCUGCCAUAUUUCUGAAUUUAGACCAGAAAGCUGCAUCGAUAUCUUGGUCUUUUGCUUUACAAUGCUUGAACGAAUACUUUGUCAAGAUAGAACAGACGAUGAUGAAUGGAUGUUGAAAUUUGUCAUUU